GUUGUGAGCCCCCUUAAGUUGAGAUUAGAACCUAAAUUCCUGUGCUCCUAUACUACUGACUUCGGACGAGUGUCGAUAUACCCCUUUCUAUUAAACCUAAGCCGCACAUUCCCCAACAUUUCAGUCCGAUCCUUCCUAACUUUGACUCAUCUACCCAACCCAACUCGUUGCUGGUAGUUGCGUGCCGGCACUGUCUGAUCUCAUAGGCGCAAGGAAGCAUGGUGUCUCGAGCUCAGUUUCACGUUAGUCCUUUCUUCUCCCAGCUGGGGUAGUCACGAUUCUCUCCGUCACCCAGGCUCAUAAGUCCUAGUAUAAUGGUAAAUACACGACGUGGCCGGUCUUCAUCAUUAUUUUCGUCGUCCUCACAACGUAGUCGGAGCUCAGACUGGCUUUUCGUUUCUUCUCCCACGAGCCAGAGCCAGAGCCAAAGCCAGCCACCACCAAUCCAGCAGCCCGCACCGAGGAUGAGCUCCACAAAGUCCGCGGCUGGCAACGCCGAGCAGCUGUCAUCCCAAAAGAAGGCUUCUUCGCUCGCUGGGUUCUUCAGCAAGAUGCUGCCGAGCAACCGUCCGGAGCAGGGAGGUACCCAUCGCACGGACUGGACGGUUGACAACGACAACACGGUAGGGCCGAGCCGCAACGAGUUGACCACUUGGAACCUCGCCAAAGAAAAGUCCCCGGCACGCGAUGCCUCGACAGAUGGCCCGGGGGAACCUAGUCACCGCCGGGUCUGGAACUGGAGCCCGCAGAAAGGGGACUCCAGGUUCGUCGAGAACUUACCGAGAGAGCGGUCGCGUAGCCGUGACGAACAGCCGGAGGAUCUAGACCAUGAACCUCAGCCGCCUCGGAAGUCUGAGGCGCUGAGGAGGACCGAAGUUCACGAGCUGCUUCAGUCCAAGGAAGAAAGCAGGAAAAGUCGACGAAGCCUGAAGGAGAGCGGAGACUGGCUAGGUGUACAAGGUGCUGAUCCAUACUCCGGGAUGUUUUCGGUCCUUACACCCACGGAUACUCUUAGCUCUGAGACGACCAGCACUUCGACUCGUAGCAAACUAUCGGGAUUGGCAUUGAAGAGAAAAGCCGCGAAAUUAGAGUACGAGCAGCUCAGGUUAUUGGAAGAGCAAGCGAAGGACAAGGCUCGGCUAGACAGGGAGCAGGCGAAACUCGACAAGAUUGAACGUGUCAAAGAAGAGCUAAGGCGUCAGCACCAAUUUGCCAGAUGGAGCCAACAUAAGCGCAACUGGUCGUCCGCCGCCGAGCCCAACCUCAGUCCCAUUGCGCAGUCCCUAGACAGUGUGGCACUUGGAAGCAGUGAGGCCUCCAGUUUACUGUUUUCAGAGCUGCCCACUGACUCUUGCCCAUCAGAUUCCGAGGGUAUUUCAGCCGUGAUCCCUAAUUUCUCCCGCCCUACUCGUUCGCCAGUAUCAAAGGCUGCUUUGCCAGGUCAAGUCGAACGGCUUAGUUACGACGACACACAGCCUCGAGGGCGAAGGAAUCUUGAUCAAUCCACCGAGACUAUUAUCCAUAACUCACCAGGUGUUAAUUUCGGACCGACAUAUCUUACGAGGCCAGUUACCCAGCCGUCAGAGACAUCCCCGAAGACGGAGCAGCCGAAUGUGGUGCGGACAAAGAGUGAGAGGCGUUUUUUAUGGAGACGCCGCCGGGAGACAGACCCGGGAAAACUAGGGAAAUCACACCAAGGGGGAAUCGGGAUGCCUAUGGUGGCCCAGUAUCUAACCCCCAAUCCGAUCGAGGACAUCCACAAGGAUCACUUCGCCGACCUAGCGAUCCCGGAUUAUCAUCUCCAUCUCCUAUCACCGGAACCAGUAGAACCAGUAGACACAGCCGACAGCCAGUCGACAUUUUCGGAGGAUUCAUCGGUAAUAAGACCCAAUGCAAGUUCUCUAGGAAUGAACAAGAUGGCACUGUCCUCAACUACGAAUCUAGUAUACCUCCAGGGAAACGGGAGAAGCAGCCAAAGCACCAAAUCAGCUCCUCCAGUGACCUCAUCCUCUUCGAAGCUGAAAGACAUGAUGUGGCGACCCUCAAUCCGUCGCAAAUUAAUAGUCCCAAGCCUAUUAACCACGGUUCACACCAAGGACACGGAGAAGCACCGCAUGUCACCUCCAACGUUCGACGAACUCCAGGAUCGGACGGUCAACAAUUUACCAACAGAGAGUCCAUUAUCCCAGAACCCACCUAUACAUCCGGGUCAGCAAGGGAGGAUCAGCUUAGAGGAGGCCAGCAAAAUGCUAAACCACACGGAGAACCAUCACAAGCGAGCCCGGAGAGAAUCUGUGUCCACACCCACCACCACCAUUAUUGGCUACGUUCCCGCUCAGCAGAGCCAACCCGAAUCCCCGCAACCAGAAAGGUCUAUCGAACCCAGUCAAAUAGACGGUGCAGCAGACAUUCUAGGCAUGCCGGCGAGUCCGACGCCCUUGCGUCUGAACAACCCUUGCAUAAUACUAGACCCAAUCCCAGAGAGGCGUAGAACACCUUCCCUUCCCAGGGUGCCACAGAAGAACUUGCCGAAUCUCGAGCCCGCCCGAGAGAUACCUGGGAUCGGUACUUCAUCAACUCACCGUGCGACACUGGAAAAGAAACCGCCGACCAGAAUUUCCACGCCGACAAGUCUAAAGCUUUGCCUCCCCGUCCCAAAGAAUGGCGGGACGGACCAAGUGGACAUAGCAAAGGGCGGGGAUACGAUCGAGAAGGUGGAAACAAACGAGACGGAAAAGACGGAGCAUCUAGAUACCAAGAAGAUAAGCCCACAAGAACGACGCGGGAGAAUCUAUCGAGAGAGCCACAGCGUAAGCGUGACCCGAGCUCCAACUCGAACCCCAACAACAAUAACUUCGCGGGAAGCACGUCAUCGGCGGUCAUGGGACGGACAAAGGGAGAGCAUAGUAGAAGAGGCGGUGCGAGUCGCCAUGUUGCGUUCCAAGGCCAAGGAGAUCGUGAGAGGCAGAUCGGCCGACCACAAAGUCGGCCUCGGCCUCAACCGGAGCCGGACGCUCAGCCCGGUCAGGAAGCAAGCGGGCAACGGCAAGGCGCCGGAGCCGAAGCACCCGCUUCCGACGCCAAGGCGGCCGAGGAAGGAACGCCACGGCGAAGGAGUCGCAGGCAUCGCGCGUCCUUCCAGGCCCAAGCAGAUUGAGAUACAUGUAAGCAAGAACAUUGAUAAAUCACAGCUAAAACAGCUACAGCAACAGCAACCACAGAUACAGAUACAGCCCAGCAAAGGGGAUACUACAGAAGAAUUUGCUGGCAGACGAGAUCCGCCGGUAACGGUGAUGCAGUUCUGCAAGACGGUCUACAUAGUGAUCCUAGGCCUAACGUGCACCUGGUGGACCGCGGCGCGGCCGGCUUUCGACCCGCAGAGCGACCUGUGGAGGAGGAGGUGUAAGAACGAGAGCACAUGGAGCGACGUUGGCGUCUUCACGUCGGCGGGGCUGUUCUGCCUGGCCGGCGCCUUGUGCGGUUGGUACGCGUCAAGGCUGUGCUGGUGGCUUUUGGUACUACAAUGACGCCUUUAAUAUACCUAGGUAUAUAAUACCUACCUACCUAAGGUUAGGUAGGCUC